UUGGAGGAGAGAGAAAGUCCCAUUGCUUGUAUAAAUAUUCAUUUCCAUCUCAUUUCUUUGCUUUUAAAAUAAAACAUAACAAGAGAAGUAGAGAAGUAGCUACUACUCCUCUCUCAAAAGCAACCCAAACAACAGAAGCUUCCAGAUCAGAACUCAAUCACACAGUCCAAGCAAAGGAUAUACUUGUAAUUUCUUGCAGAUCCGUCCAUUCAUCUUCUCUCUGUUUUCACAGACAGAGAGGAAAAAGCAUUGCAGAAGCUAACUCACUCACUGUGCUUUUUAUGACACUUGUAGGGGAGGAGAGGAGGAGAAGAAGAAGGCAAUACACCUUUUUUUCUCUCUGCUCUUUGUAACUUUAUUUAUAUAUAUCUAUAGUUAUUUUCCAAAUCAAAGUGCAUUUCCUUCCCUUGCUUGCUAAAAUUAGGAAGGUUGAUUAAAGAAAAUAAUGGAGAGGAGCACUCCGGUUAGGAAACCACACACUUCUACUGCAGAUCUGCUCACGUGGUCGGAGAUUCCGCCGCCUGAUUCCCCCGCCGUUGGCUCGGCUCCUCGCUCCGCCGCUCGCUCUCACCAGCCGUCUGAUGGGAUCAGUAAGGUAGUAUUUGGAGGUCAAGUUACGGAUGAGGAGUCCGAGAGCUUAAACAAAAGGAAACCUUGUUCAGGGUAUAAAAUGAAGGAGAUGACUGGUAGUGGCAUUUUUGGAGCCAAUGGAGAAGACGAUACAUCUGAAUCUGGCACUGCUAAUUCCACACCUAAUAGCAAAACAGGACUACGCAUGUACCAGCAAACGCUUUCUGGGAUCAGUCAUAUUUCCUUCGGAGAAGAAGAGAGUCUUUCACCCAAAAAACCUGCUACUUUGCCUGAGGUAGCAAAGCAAAGAGAACUGAGUGGUACCUUGGAAAAUGAUGCAGAGGCCAAGUUGCAGAAGCAGGUUUCUGAUGCCAAGUGCAAGGAGCUCAGUGGACAUGACAUCUUUGCGCCCCCUCCAGAAAUUUUACCACGGCCAACAACUGUGCGUGCUUUGGCAUUGAAAGAAAGCAUUGAAUUGGGAGAACCUACCCCACGCAAUCCUGCUGGAGGUCAGAUGUCUAGUGAGGAAGCUUCGGUCAAGACAGCAAAGAAAAUUUAUAACCAAAAGUUCAAUGAGCUUUCAGGGAAUGACAUAUUCAAGGGAGAUGUCCCUCCCUCGUCCGCUGAGAAAUCUCUAAGUGUGGCAAAAUUGCGAGAGAUGAGCGGCAAUGACAUAUUUGCGGAUGGGAAGGCAGAACAUCGAGAUUACCUAGGUGGUGUACGAAAACCCCCAGGUGGCGAGAGCAGCAUUGCCUUGGUUUAACUUAUUAGGUCUAACUCUGUUAUCUCAUCCCAGUGCCUGGUUUUGUUCUAUUCUUAGUGGAGAUGUGUUAUAUUAUAUUAUUUGACCUUAUUUUGUGGGUUUGGGAAUUAUGUUUAGGCCUUAACAUGUCAUUCAGUAUUGUGAACUGUUCUAAUUGGAUCGUAUGUCCAUAUUCUUGCGUUUCUUAGUGCUUGUUUAACAAAGUACAUUGGGCAUACGAUAAUAUAUUAUUGUUCCAAUCCAUUUCUAGCCAUUCUGCUUGCAUAGUUUUA